AUGCCGUCUUCGACCAAGUAUAUCCUCGUCUCCUUACCCCUGAGGAUCUUCGACUCGAGUGAUCAAGAAGAUGCACUGUCGUCGUUGAGCGCCACUAUAACGCCCGACAAUGGAACAGUCCUACCCUUUCCCAUACCUUCCUUCAAGAUCGGCACACUCGACGCCCUAGUUCAGCAAGCGGACGACCUCGCCAAGCUGGAUGCGGCCUGUAAUGGAGUCGUGUUGAAAGUCGCCGAUUCGUUGCGGUCAAUUCUUGAUGGGGACGAUGACAAGACGGAGCAGCAAAAGAUGGUCAACGACAAGCCAACCGACCACUACCUCCGAACCUUCAACUGGAACACAGUCCGAUACCGAGCCGACCGGCCGAUUGGGGAGCUAUUAGAGAACCUGCAGAAGGAGCUCCAGAACAUCGACAAUGACGUCAAGGCCAAAUUCAGCCAGUACAACGGAGUCAAGACGAACUUGGCAGCGUUGAAGAGAAAGCAAACGGGCAACCUCGCGACGAAAUCUCUCACCCCCAUUGUCGACCCUGCGCUGCUAGUCCAAGAGUCCGAGUACCUCGAAACGCACCUGAUCGUCGUGCCAACCAUCGCGCGCAAGGAGUUCCUGCGCAGCUACGAGACCCUGGCGCCGAUGGUGGUGCCGCGAUCAUCUAUCCAAGUAGCCCAGGAUGACGAAUUUACGCUAUUCGCAGUGACGACCUUCAAGAAGCACAGCGCCGAGUUCUUACAAAAGUGCCGCGAACAGAAGUGGACCCCGCGGCAGUACAAAUAUGUGGAAGGCGGUAAAGAAGAGGAACAACGGGAACUGGAGCGGGUUACCAAGGAGGAAAAGAAAGUGUGGGGAGAGGCCCUGCGCCUGGGUCGGACCGGGUGGAGCGAGAGCGUCAUGGUAUGGGCUCACGUUCUCAGCCUGCGCGUCUUCGUCGAGACGGUUCUUCGGUAUGGGCUGCCCCUGGAAUUCGUCUGCGCCCUUGUGAAGACCACGGAAAAGCAGGCGACGAAGGUGAAGACGGCCCUCGACUCGGCGUACUCAUACCUCGGCGGAAAUGCGUUAGGUAGGGACAAACGGGGUCGCGUCACCAAGGACGACGCCUCCCUGACGUCCGAGAUGGCUGCCCAGGGGCUGGGAGGCGAGGGCGCCGAGUACACCGCCUACGUGUAUUAUGAGAUUGAAAUCCCAUAG